GACGCGGGAGCUCGUCGUGAGCGGAAGUCGUGCAAGUUUUCAACCCGGACUACGGAAGACAUGCGGAAGGCUGGUUCUAGUGCUAAGGCCGGGGCCGAAGGUCCUCACCGUGCUAUGGAGGGCGGGGAGGUGACUGGCGGCCGGCCGAAGGCAGACACAUCUGACAUGUCAUUUGAGGAGCUGUUGAGAUUACCGGGCCAAGGGAGACCCAAGGCACACAAACAAUUGGUAGCUGAAAACAGCACUAAAACGCAAAGCCCCCGACAACCCGUGUGUGUCGCCGAUAAGCACCGGCCUCUGGAAAUGUCAGCCAAAGUCCGGGUGCCAUUCUUACGUCAGGUGGUGCCCAUCAGUAAAAAGGUCGCCCGAGACCCCCGCUUUGAUGAUCUGUCAGGGGACUAUAACCCGGAAGUGUUUGACAAAACUUACCAGUUCCUGAAUGAUAUCCGAGCCAAGGAGAAGCAGCUUGUGAAAAAACAGUUGAAGAAGCAGCGCUCAGGGGAGGAGCACGAGAAACUGCAGCAGCUGCUUCAGCGGAUGGAGCAGCAAGAGAUGGCACAGCAGGAACGCAAGCAGCAGCAGGAGCUGCGCUUGGCCUUGAAGCAGGAGCGCCGGGCUCUGGCACAGCAGGGCCAUCGGCCAUACUUCCUGAAGAAAUCUGAGCAGCGGCAGCUGGCCCUGGCUGAGAAGUUCAAGGAGCUGAGACGCAGCAAGAAGCUGGAGAGUUUCCUGAGUCGAAAGAGGCGGCGGAACGCAGGCAAGGACAGGAGGCACCUCCCGCUGAGCAAGGAGUAGUAAGAACUGUCCCAGGAGACCUGAUAUGUGGGAACAGACGGGGCUGGGCUUGGCCAGGUCGGGAUCUUUUCCUGCUCAGAAGCAAGCAUGAUGACUGACUACCACUGACCUAGGCUGGCUCGGAAGACCAGCGUGCUCUUGGACUGUGCUAGGGCUGCACAGCAGCCAGACCUCCGCCUUCCUUCCAUGUCACACCUCCUCUCUCUGGAAUCUCGUCCAUGAACAUCUGGUCUCAUGGUCUCAUCCCAGCCUUGCCUUAAGCCAGUGACUCAAAUGAAGAGGGGGCGUGGCUGUGGUCAUGUGAGCUUUCAGGUCAGGGACUUCACAGAAGAGCCACUUUGGAAACAAGCCUGUUUCUCCUUGUUUUA